AGCAAGCUCAGUCUCUUUUAGUAAAUUAGACAAAUCGGUACAUCUACUUCUGUUAAAAAUGCGGUAUGAAUUCUGUCUCGGUCGUGUUUUCGCGUUUCCAAAGUCGGUCAUUUUCUGGUGUCUCUUCGUUUUAUUAAUCAACCAGAUAUCAACGCAAAUCGAAAAUGAAACGUUCGAGAAUGCGUUUGGACUGGAUACUCAAUCAAUGGAUAACAAGGAAUCGAUAUACGCAGAAAGUAACGAGAAUAUUGGGCAAAUACCGUCGAUAGAAACGCAGUCCGAAGUGGUGGAUUUGAACGAAGGUGGACAUAAUUAUGGCGACAAUGACGAAACGGAAAUAGGGAUAGAAGAAGUUCCAGCUAGUGGAAUUGAUGAUGAUCCUGAUCAAAAAAAUAAACCUGAAGAUGAAAUCGCAAUUUCCCAUGGUCUUUCCGGUAAAAUGGCCGGAAGAAAAAUUGGAAAAUACGUGAGAUAUGAUUCCGAUUCGCCGGAGGCAGAUAGAUAUGCCCCCCGUCCGGAUGAUACAGUUCCAAAUUAUGUCUUGACGGAGACUAGACUGAAAGAAAUUCGAUCACGUUUCAUGUAUUGGUACUUCGAUAAGGGCGGUAGCGAUGAUCAAGGCGAUUAUCAGAAAGAAAUCCAAGCAUCGACGCCGCAAGUGCACAAGAACUUUAAUUUCCAAUUACCCUUCUUCGGAUUCAGAUUCAAUUACACCAGAGUAUCAAUGAACGGUUUCUUAGAAUUCAGCGAUCCUCCGAUACAUUACACGUACCCUCUUGUAUUUCCGGUUAAGGACUGGCCAAAGAAGAACGAUCCUAGUUUCAUUGGAAUCUUCUUUAGUAAAUGUCGCAUAGGAGAUGUACGACCAACUGACAUAGAUCAGAGGAGGCCUGGUGUAUAUUUUAGGCUAGAGCGAGAUUUACAAAGGAGAACAGAUCAAUUUGGCGUCGAAAUGCGCGAACGUCUGAAAUGGGACAUUCGCGAGGGAAUUAUUGGUACUGAAGCUUUCGACCCUAAACACGCAGUCAUAGUAACGUGGAAGAAUAUGUCCUUCACCGGUGGUAUCGAUAAUUCACUUUACAAAACGAACACUUUCCAAAUGAUCCUGGCCACGGACGAAGUGAACACUUACGUGAUAUUUAACUAUCUGGAUAUCCAAUGGACCAGUCACACGGAAGCUGGUGGUGAUACCACGAAUGGAGAGGGCGGAGUUCCAGCGUUCGUUGGGUUUAACGCUGGAAACGGCACACGAAGCUACGAAUACAAGCCGUACUCUCAAAUGUCAACGAUCCGCGACUUGACCGGAAGGGGAUGGGCGAACGGCUUUCCGGGACGUCACAUGUUUAGGAUAGACGAAAAUAUAAUGCCUGCAGUUUGCAACAAAGACAUUGCUGGAGCAAAUUUGCCUCUCGUGUUCGCACCGGAGAGCGGAAAUAUGUUGGGUGGCACGAUUGUGAAUAUCACCGGCCCGUGUUUCAACGAGACUGAGAAAAUCCGGUGCAUGUUUGAAACUGAAUGGGUAAUAGGCACUGUCAUCGACAGAAAUCGAGCGAUAUGCGUUCAGCCGUUCGUGAAAGCGCAAGGAUACAUUCGAUUCGCAAUCAGCAUUGGCGACAGUAAAGCUUACAAUUGGAAGGGGAAAUAUUUCAUUGAGACCCCAGCUACAGCAACCGAGAAGAUUUUCGUGUCCAGCAACGUUCACGAGGCAUAUCCAGCCGAAAUAAAAAUUACUUGGGACAGAUACAAUUUGACCAGCAAUUUGAACGCGGGAGUACAGAUAGCUUUGUGGGGAUACCGCGAGACGAAAACCACUCCUGAAUUCGAAUACAUCACUACUUUGGAGGCAGCAUAUACGAAUUUGGGCUCCUAUAUCAUUAGACCAGCAACAUACCGCGACUUUCACAACCCGUAUCAGCAGGACAUAACUUUCGGAUUUAUUCAGCUUAAUUUAACGGAUCCAUCGCAACAAACAGGCCUUAACAUCACCCCGAGUCUAUGGAGUAGGCCGAUUCCACUAGCCUGGUACUUUGCUCCACAAUGGGAAAGAGCAUACGGAGCAAAGUGGCCUCAACGACUUUGCGACAAAUGGAUCAUGAACGACAGAUAUUUGAAGAAUUUCGCGGCGGAAGUAUCUCUGUGUCCUUGCACCUUGAAGCAUGCAUUGAGCGACAAGGGUCGUUUCCUUCCAGAUUAUGAUUGUGACAAAGACUCGAAUUUGGAUUGCAUGUACAACCAGCAUGCUCAUCAUUGUGUGAGAACAGGGGCACCAAAUAUGGACGGUUCUGAGCAGCAAUGUUGUUACGAUAAAAAUGGCUAUCUAAUGUUAACAUACGAUCAACAAUGGGGCUCGAGACCGCAUAGAUCCCACAAUUUGGGCUAUUAUCCUUGGGACGAGGCGAACAAGGUUCCAACUCUUUCUCACUGGUACCACGACGUGAUACCAUUCUACAUGUGUUGUAUGUGGCAAGAAGAGCACGCAGUCGGUUGCGAAACGUUCAGAUUCGAAAGACGACCAAGCCAAGAUUGUAUCGCUUAUCAGUCCCCAGGCGUUGGAACGGUGUUUGGUGAUCCUCAUAUCGCAACAUUCGACGGUUUGGAAUAUACGUUUAACGGAAAGGGAGAGUUCGUUCUGGUGCGUGUAAAUAAUCUGAAAGAUAAACUGGACGUGCAGGGCAGGUUCGAACAGUUGCCGAACAACGUAUACGGUGAAGUUAGAGCUACGCAAUUGACAUCUGUAGCAGCAAGAGGAAAUAAUUCAGCAACCAUAGAAGUUCGAUUAAGGCCGAAACAUUCACAAUGGAGAUAUCGCCUCGACGUCUUUGCGAAUAAUCGUCGAGUAUACUUCGAUAGACCAUCUUUAAAAUUUCAACACUUCACUGGCGUGGUUGUAUACACACCCACGUAUAUUUUAAAUCAGAGUGAAGUGAUCAUCAUGUUCGACACCGGUGCCGGCGUGGAAGUAGUGGAAAACGAAGGAUUUAUGUCGGCUAGGGUUUAUCUGCCCUGGACGUACUUGAAUAAAACCAAGGGGCUGUUUGGUAAAUGGAACUUUGACAUUGCGGAUGAUUUGACAAAUCCGGACGGCCAACAAGUAGCAGCAUCCAACUUGAACCACUUCGAGGCUGUGCACAAAGACUUUGCGAUUCAUUGGAUGUUGGAAGACAAAGAAGAUGAGAUAAAGGGCGGCGCAUUGUUUACCAGAGAGUUUGGCAGAACUGCGAGUUAUUAUUCCAACAGAACUUUUGAGCCUGAGUGGCGGAAGUCGCCUGCAGAAAUACUACCUACCAACAGAUCGUACGAUGUGCAACGAGCAAUUGAUCUUUGUGGGGAUUCGUAUCAAUGUCAAUAUGACUAUGCAAUGUCGCUCAAUCGUGAUAUGGCUCACUUUACGAAAAAUUAUUAUAACACGUACACUCAAAUAUGGGAUCUAAAUAUGAACGAGCGAGUGGUAUCGUGCGGUGUAUUGGAGACACCACGCUUCGGACGGAAGAGUAACUUUUUCUUCGUGCCAGGUACGAAGGUAACUUUUGAAUGCAAUCAGGACUUUAUAUUGGUUGGCGAUCAACGACGUGUCUGCACUCCCGAAGGUCGUUGGAACGUGCCAGAGUACGGAUAUACGGAGUGCUUACGUCAGGUCGAGUAUGCUCAGCGUACAGCGUGGACAACAAUGGGCAUUAUUUGCGCCGUUUUAAUUCCUGUAACAGCAUGUGUCGCUGGCGCCUUUCUUUAUAUACGAAAGAAUCAAACCCAGGGAAGUUCUGUAAAGUCGUGGCGUUACUCCGAACGCAGCUCUGGCGUUGAUAAUGAUUCAACAUUGUUGUCUCGGUUAAAAACACUUGACAGAUCAGUUUCACCCGUUAGCGACACUAGCACUAGCCCGAGCGUGAUUAAAAAGCCCCAUUCCUAUGAUAAAGUUUAUCGUACUCACGAGCCUUUGCCAAACAGACCGGACGUUGAUUUCGAGGAUAAAGACUGGGAUCUGAAGGAACCCAAUUCUCCAACAGAAUCGGAGAAAAGUGCAACAGACUCUGUUAAAAAAGCCGGCAGUCCUAGUAAAGAAAGUGACGUGUAAAAUAACGAUAAUAUCAGACAAAUCUCUGAAAAGAACAUUCUUGUAAUAUAUUUGACAUUUCAAAUGUUCGUUAUUUUCCUUUUUCUUUUAGAACAUCUCUUUCAUCGAUUUUUAUCCUUUCACUUGUAAUUAUUCACAGUCAUAUUUUCGAAAUAACGAAUUAAAUCGUAUGCACUGAAAUAUCAUUCGCGAAUAAUGCGAAGAAAUAAAUUCACUCACCAGAGGAAAUGAAUUAAAUUUUACACCGAAAAUUAAUAAGAUUUAACGUGUAUAUAUAUGCAUAUAUACAUGCUGUUUUUGCUGUGGAAUAGAAAUGUUCUUCAUUUAAAAAACAUUAUUACAUUAUUAUAUCGCAGACAAGCUUUAUACUUUUAUAAUACGUAUUAAUAUAUAAUAUAAAUAUCUGAACAUGUUAAAACGCAAUAUCGUUUUGAAUAACGAAAGUUUAUUGUACUGUUAUUAUAUGAAAAAUUUGCUAAUUAAUGUAAAAAAUUAAUUUAAUAAACUUUUCUGUACCUUUAAA